AUGAACAACAACAAUGAAACCUACCUCAAGACGGGAGCUGACGAUUUCGAGGAACUCGACUAUCUGAAGUUACAGCCACAUGAAGCCGAGAAGCUGAGACAGUAUCUCCUGCAAUGCUCAGCGAUUAAAGCCAAGCAACAGCAGCAAUAUCUCCAAGCAACAAAUAACAACAACAAUAACAACAACAACAAUAAUAACAACAACAAUCCUGAUGCUCCGAUUAACUACCACAACAACGUCUACAACGUCAAUGGAAACAACACCAGCUUCAAUCGCUCAUUUAGUCAAAACUCAACAGAGACCAAAGAAUUUCCCUCGAAAAUCAUCAAGCAAGAAAAACAAGAUGAUGUGAUUGAAAAAUACCCAUCAAAAGUCAAAAAGCGGCAAAAAUCAAAACCAAGAGCGGACCAAGCGUUGAGAAAUGCUUCUACUCCUGCGCAUAUUCUCAGUUUUCAGCAGCGGCUACGUAACCACAGAACCCAUUUGGGAUUGACGCAGCACGAAACCGCAAAAUCGAUCUACAAACUUGUCGGUAAAAAGAUUUCGCAAACACUCGUCUCCCGCUUUGAAACGAAUCAACUGCACCCAAAGAACACGCUGAAUCUAAUGCCCGAAAUGGAGGAAUGGAUCCGAAAGACACGAAUUAUCUCGACGCGAAGUUUGCUCUUCUGA